AUGCACGCGAAGCUACGGCACCUGAGCCAUCGGGCGGAGGACGCACGCUCCGUCUCGGAGCGCAAGGCAUGCUGCCUGGAGAGGGCACACCGCGACGCCCUCCGGGAGCGUAUGCUCUCCGAGCAGCGGUUACGGGAAGAGCUGCGUCAAUGGAAGCACCACCACCCCGAGCGUUUACGCGAGGAAAAGGACCACAGCCAGCGGCAAUACUUGGCAGUCUUGGGGAAACUCGCCAGGAGACACACGUGGCUAAAGACGUCGCUGUGA